GCUCUCGCGAUAGGUUGAUUCAGACGUGGGAUUUUGGAAAUCGAGGGUUGUGGCUGAGGGGUAAGUGACCACUGAAACCGAUAGCGAAUUUAUACAAAGCGCUUGUUAAAUUCUUCAUACCUCGCGUUUUAAGGGUGUUGUCGUCCCGAAAAAUAUAAUGUCCUCAAAAGAAACGUUUAAAUUCCUUGUGUUAAAUGUGAAAUUAAGCUCCAAACAUGGCGACGGUAGUAUGUUAACGCAGAGCUCAGGCUAACGGUAGUCCAUGGAGGCGACUGAAACAGAUGCUCGCAGUGUGGAGUAACGGUAUAUGAAAACGACAGUUACAUCUAAAUUAUUUAUAAAUAUACAUUUGAAGGGUCAUUGGAGGAUUGCACAUGCUGUCUUCAUCGUUCAUGCAUCCGGACUCCAACAAACCGACUGAGAACUGAGCUGCUUUUAUUAUGGUACCGUGAUGUAAACAACCUGAGCAGCCGCCCAUCAUCGAUAUGCUUUGUCCAUCAUACUAGCUGUCUGUCCUCUGGAUCUUUACUGUGCCACUGUCGUUACAAGUGUGUGAGGUAUCAGCUCAUGCAGUAUAUGAUUUAUUCACAUUACUAGAGUGUUUAUUCUGUUGACCAAGAUACAAGAAAAAUCACUCAGCCCUUGGUGUUCAUGCAUCUUAUAUCUUCCUGUGCUGUGUCCUGUUUCAUUUCAGGGUGACAUACAAGGAAUCCCUUAAUAUGAGUGAUGAUAAACCUUUCCAAUGUACUGCUCCUGGCUGUGGACAGGUAAGCCAUUUCUCUUGAUUACAGAACACACAAAAUGCUACAGAUUGUGGCUUUACUAUACUGAACAGUGAUCCAGAAACUAGACAGUAGUCCAAUUGAAUUAUCCCAGUUGUUAGGUGUUUUGGAUACCAUUGAGUGGUUAAAAUUUAGCCAGAAACACAGGGCCCUCAAUAAGAUAUGGUUAUAUUACAUUAUACAAUUCACAAUCCAGUAUGUGGGACAUAUUAUAGCUUUGUUGAUCCUAAUUAGAAACAAAAAAGAGUCAAAUACAACCCAAACUGUUACAGUGCAGUCUUGGUUAUAGCCUUAAAAACAAUUUUAAAUACAGUACAGGCCAAAAGUUUGGACACACCUUCUCAUUCAAUGCAUUUUCUUUAUUCUCAUUACUAUUUAAAUUGUAGAUUCUCAGUGAAGGCAUCAAAACUAUGAAUGAACACAUGUUGAAUCAUGUGCUUAAGAAAUAAGUAUGAAAUAAAUGAAUACAUGUUUUAUAUUUUACAUUCCUCAAAGUAGCCACCCUUUGCUUUUUUGAUAGCGCUGCAAACUUUUGCUGUUCUCUUAAUGAGCUUCAUGAGGUAGUCACCUGAAAUGGAUUUUACUUCACAGGUGUGCCUCGUCAGGGUUACUUCGUGACUGAAAGAGUCAGUCACUAAGUACUUCUGUCAUCAAGAGCAAAGGGUGGCUACUUUAAAGAAACUAGAAAAGAAAACAUUUUUUCAGUUUUUUCACACUGUUUUUGAAAAGUACAAAAUUCUACGUGUUCAUUCAUAGUUUUGAUGUCUUCAGUGAUAAUCUACAAUGUAAAUAGUCAUAUAAAAAAUAAAGAAAAGACAUUGAAUGAGAAGGUGUGUCCAAACUUUUGGCCUGUACUGUAUAUGAAAGUCAUAGCCAAACAGAUCAUGUCCUAACAUGUCCUAUUAUAUUUGGAUGUCAAAGAGACUCUGAGGCCCCAAGAAAAAACACACUGUUGAUAAGACAUUGUGUACAGUAACAUAAACAUGCCUACAGUAUAUUCAAAGCCUUAUUUUUCCAACAAGAGAUGAUCAGUAUGCUCUUGAAAUUUUGAGUUUUAGCAAAACAUACUUGGUAUAAUAAUACUUGGUUGUAGCCCUAAAAAUAAUUGUAAUAUGUGAAAGUCAUAGCCAAACAGAUCAUGUCCUAACACUUCACUAAGUGAUAAACAUGAAGUGAUCGACAGGUGCUCAUGUUUUUUGUAUUUAUUUUGUUUAUUUCAAAUCAGUUCCCUAUCCUUAAGUUUCCCAGCAAUGACUGUAAGAAACGCCAUACUUAGUGUGGUCUGAUAUGAACUGUUGGAGGAAAAUUCUACUGAUUUGAUAAUGGAAAUGUUAAAAAUGUUGUUGAGGCCCUUUAAAAACUAUUAAAUAUCAGCUUGUUUAUAGGUUUGUUGAAGUUAAAUUUCAGGUUGUCACGCUUUCAACUCCUUCACUUUUACAGUUAACAGCAGCCCGUCAAGUCAAAUCCUUAAACGAACACAGAUUGUGGUAUUCUGUUUUUGUUGGGACUGCAGGGAUUUGAUCUGCACCUGUCUCACUGUCCUAUGUUUCCUUUUCAUGUGUUCCCUUAUACUCAGAGGUUUACAAAUGAGGAUCACUUGGCUGUCCACAAACACAAACAUGAGAUGACACUGAAGUUUGGCCCAGCAAGGACAGACACUGUCAUCAUUGCUGGUAAGGAUGCUUGAAGUCCACCUUUUUUUUUUUUUUUUUUAAUUUAACUAUUACUUUCCCUCAUGGUUUUGUACUGCAUGUUAUUCUCUGCCGCAGACCAAACCCCCACACCCACCCGCUUUUUGAAGAACUGUGAAGAGGUUGGACUCUUCAAUGAACUUGCAAGUCCAUUUGACCAUGACUUCAAAAAAGCAGCAGAAGAUGACAUUAAAAAGGUUGUCCUCCAUGUUUGCAGAUUGUGUUAUUUCUCAUUGUCAUAUAGUUAACAUUUUAAAGGAAGAAUGUUUUCUCAUUUUUUUCUGUAGUUACCACUGGAUCUGUCACCUCUUGCAACGCCGAUCAUACGCAACAAAAUUGAGGAGCCCACAGCGAUGGAGGCGCACAGAGACAGCCCUCUGCCUCACCCUGAAUCUACCACGAAUGAUGACAAGGUAAAACAUUUCGAGUGGGCUGCUUUUAGAGUUUUUAAGGGUUGACCUCUCCUUAUGAGUGAGUGGAAUUAAAAUAUUACUGCUCUAAGUAUGGUUUUAGUAGCUGAUCUUAUAAUGUGCUUGUUCUAAUUUAGCUCGUAAGAAAAUAAUUGAUGUUUUUCCUACCUGUUCAUUCCUAAUUCUGAGAACAGUGCUAUCUGGCGAUCAUUCAAACAUAAAGAGUAAUGAACUUCAGUAUCAUGUGUUCAUUCAGCACUUUUUUGCAGCUAAGGUUUUGUAUGAUGUUUUCAGGAGAUUUCUUUGCAGCCAGCCUCACUGCCAGCAUCUACUAUAGUCCAUCCUGCAUCCCUCCAAGUUCCCAAUGUACUUCUAGCAACCUCAGAGGCUAGUGUUGUAAUACAGCAAGCUCUCCCAUCACCAACAUCUAGCUCUGUUAUUACCCAAGUCCCAUCUACUAAUAGGCCUAUAGUGUAAGUAACUCCAAACGUCCAUUUUUGAACUUCAUAGCCAUCUUUUUUUUUUUCGUUAUUUAUUUUUGUGCAGUUUUGUCUUGGUGAGCUCAUACUUUCACAAGGCAUGUGCUUGUGGUAUUAUACUUAUUUUCACUCCUCAGGGAUUUUUUGGUUUCUGCUGUAGGCCUCUUAGGUCUUGUCAUCAUGAUCAACAUUAGUAUUGCUCCCAUAUGGACUUGUAUAUCCACGUAAUUUUCUGAAUAGUUAAGAAUGAGAGUACAGGUAUGUUGUAAGUGUGAUACCAUCAAAUAUAAUAGUGCUACAAAUACAGGUGUGUUUGUGGUACUACUAAGAUUCUAAUGUUAAUCUUUAAGGUACCUUUCAUUUGUGAAACACUCAUGAAGUUAUUAAAUACAGUAUUCUUAAUCAGAAACAGUAGUUGUUUUUAUAUUUAAAGUUAGUGUUACUGGCAGGAGAAGCAGUUAGUACAUGCUUCUCGAUUAACCUCUUAGAAAACACAAAAAUUGCGCCUGAAAUUCAUUUUCUUUGUUGGUUUGGAAAACUUUUUAAAAAGUGAACAAGUCCAUAUCGGAGCAAGGCUGAUGCCAUGAUUUCAGUUUGACAACAAAGUAAGUGUUCUCUUCAUCAUAUAGCUGUAACACAGCAGGUGUAUUUUGAGUUGGACCUUUGUUUUAGUUAUGCUUUAUUUCCAUGAGUUACUGCCUGAUAUGACAUGUUUUUGGUAUGUGUGUAUCCAUCCUUGUCCUCACGUUUGAAUCAGCUUGUGUGCUUUUCUCAAAGUUCUUGUUUUUUCUUUUGUUUUUCAUUGGGAUUUGUUUUCUCUCCCUCUCAGCCCGGUGUCUGGUACCUUCCCUGUGCUCUUACAGCUGCCUAAUGGCCAGACCAUGCCAGUCGCUAUACCUGCAUCUAUUACAAGCUCAAGUGUACAUAUUCCGACGACAAUUCCUGUAAGUCCUUUUGCUGGUCAUCAAUGAUAAUGUUGUGGUUUUUGAAAUAUGACUUGAGGAGAAUUAUGAAAGCCUAAGUCACCCAAUAACACUGACUUUGAUAACACAGCCAGUCUUUUCUGAUGGUAUAUUCAGUAGCUCUUUUGGUACUAGGUUAUAUUUUACCUAGCACUCUUUGAUACUCUCACAUUUCCUAAAAUUAAUAUGCUUUACCAUGAAAAUUUGCAGUCAUGUCACAAACUCCAGGGUUUGGCUAGAUGACGUUGCAAGACUUUGUGUAUUUUAUUUUGAAAAGAAUUUCUUAGUCCAAACAUGCAGCUCAAACAAUGCUCUGCUGUUGAGAGUUGGUGUGAAGUCCAGCGUCUGUUCUUCAUUUGCAAGUAAAAAACCAUCAGCUGCUGAGCUGUGAUGACUAUUUCUAUUCUCUCAUUUUCAGUUUUAGCCUUCUACAUCAUGUCACAUGUCAUACAUUUAUCAUUUCAAUUGACAUGAACUGCUUUUGAGUUACUGCUACAUAAAUUUAUAGGUGUUGUAUAAAAAGUUAGGGAGUGGGCCAUGAUUUGGAAAAGAAUCCUAACAAGGUGAGACAAGAUGCCAACACCAACAGCGCUGAGCUAAAGAUUAUUUAAUUUGUUUUAACACAAUUUUUUAACCUUUAUUUAACCAGGAAAAACAUGUUGAGAUCAAAAAUCUCAUGAAUUUAUGCUUCUAAAAAAGUCCCUCAUAAUCAAUGGUUGGUAACACUUCCAUGUAACUGUGUAUUUCAUGGCCUCCAUCAGAUUAACAAACAUUAAACUUAUAAUUGUCAUUCAUGGUAAAGUCUCAAUAUGAGCCUGCUUUUCUGUUAUAAAUCACAUUAAACUAGACAUUUUAAUCAUGUUGGCGGAUUUUCCAUUAGUAUUUUUAACAGAAGCAGAAGUAACAACAAGAUUUUCCUACUCAUAUCUUUGGUUACUCAUCCUGCACACCCUCACCCUGCAACUCUGCCAGAGUUCAUACCCUUUUGCAGUUUGUGGUUACUUUUUUGUUUUUCUACAAUUUGGCUGAUGUCUCUAUUACUGAACUCCAUGUGUGUGUGUUAACCUUCUUUGCAGAUUCUGCAUGACUAUUCCACUUCUCAUCCUCAUUCUUCUCAAAUCAAGAGUUUUGUGCUCCUCAAAUUAAUUAAAACUGAGUAACAUUAAAAAUGUCUUGUAUGUUGGAAACUAGGGCUGCACGAUUUUGGCCAAAAAUAUAAUCCCUAUUUUUUUUCAAAAUUUUUUUUUUUUUGGUUUUGAUUUUUUAUUCGGUGACAACUUCACCAAACUUCACUUUAAUAACUUUUUCUUUCAUCUCUCAAAACAAAACCGCUGAAAACGAUGAAGUGCAUAUGCCAAGCCAGUAAGUGGCGCUGUAACGCUGCCAAGGAAAUGCACAAAAAACAGAAGAAGAGUACAGAGCGUACAUAUAAAGGUUGUUUUGGACACACACAGGCGCCAUAAAAGAGUUACACUGUGUGUCACAUCUCGAGACACGAUAGCGAGGAAAAUUGAAUUGCAGAUUUUUAUUUUUCUAACAUCGUCAUAAUCACAUAAUCCGAUUACGCUUUACAACCAAUUAAUCGUGCAGUCCUAUUGGAAACUGAUGUAUUUGCCACAUGGUCAACAAGAAGAGAUAAAAUUAUGGACUUACAAAUUAGGUAAUUGAUUUGAUGUGGCGAUCGUGAUGUGAUUGUUCCUGGCUGGGCUCUUGCUAUUCAGAAAUAAUUAGGUUGUUAUGGAGUUUUGACCAAUCAGAAUCAUGUAUUUAAGGGAAGAGGUUUAUUAGUAAGAAAGCCUGAUCCAAUAGAAAGAACAACCAAAGAAAUCUGAGGCAUUUCUGAUGCUGUUUUAGUUCAGUGCCUAAAAUAACUAAAUCGCUGGACUAUGUUGAACGACUGCAUGCACAGGUUUAGUGUUAUUUACUCAUAUGUUAAAUUCACACUGAUGCAUAUUGAUGUAAAGAAAAUCAAAGCUCAUCUAAAGUUACAUUCAGAUGACACUUCUGUUGUAUUAUCAACAUGAUUACUACACAUUUCCUUCUCUUACUUGGACAGAGGGACUAUUUACAACUUUGGCGCCUCAGAUUUGGCAGCCAGAGCAGAACCAUGGAGGUUGAACUAAAUAAUGGACUUCAGAGUACAACUGUGGCAAAGACACAGUGUUUGGCUGAGUCUCAGCAGGCUCCGGUCCAGGAUCCUUCACUGCUAUUUGUCCUUGUACAAUUAGAAUCAACACUCUUGAUCCCUGGCAGAGCAGAUAGAUGAUGCUGCUAAUAUGUUUUGCAACUAAUUAUAACUGCAACUCAUUGCAGUGUCUAAUAUUGGAAAUUUGAUGUAAAUGGAGGGUCUUUUUGGUGUUGUUUUGAACUCCCCCCUGUGGAAGCUCAUUGUGUAAAUCCUGAUUGUCAGUGUGGAACACUGAGCAGCAGAUGAUUAUCUCCUGAUAGCUGCACAGCAGGGAAAAAAACCUCUGUUUCCAAAUCUGUGGGGAUUGGGAAAGCCGUUGACAAGUAAAGCAGGGCAAAAGUAGAUGGAGAACAUGAGCCACCAGUGGGCCUCCCCUUCACUCGAUCAUCUCCUCCCCCCUCUCCGUUUCUCUCCCUCUGCAGCUCUUCCCAACUCCCUCCGUCUCAUUGUCAGCUGCAGCGAGAGGAGGCCUGGCUCUGGCCUUCCGACUCGUGUCUCUCCAUCCUCUCUUCAGCUUCCCUGUCCAUAUGCUCUCACGCAGGCAGGCAGAGGUUCAUUAGUGUGCACUCUGCAUCUCCAUGUGGCGCUGCCUCCACAAAAUAACAGGCCAUCCAACCUAAUGAGGCUGAGAUAUGAGGAAACUGAGAGCCCGCCAUGGCUACAUGUGUGUGUUGUCUUGUGGGGGUGUGCUGCCUGCCUCUCUACUGCUGAGGACUAAUUUUCUCUGUCUCUGAUCUGUCUCUAUGUCCGUGCCGUCAGCUUGUCAGACCUGUCACCGUAGUGCCUAAUGUCCCCGGGAUCCCUGGACCUCCCUCGCCACAACCACAAACACAGCCACAGCCACCGUCGCAGCCCGCCCAAUCAGAAGCAAAGCUGGUAUUAAUUAUCUCUUCUUUCACAUCAAAUGGUAUUUCCAUGUCGACUGUGUUCUUCCCAUCUGAAAGGCAUAAUAAUGACCGGAGUAAUAAACAGGCCUGAACAAUGGGGGAGCUGUUGCUUUCCUUGACCAGACGAGGGCACUAGUGAGAGGGCAGGUGUGUUUGGUCCAGAGACUAUGGUGUAAUGUGAAAUGUUGUUAAUUAUGUGGACUAUUUUGAAAGGUUUUAAUCUGUUUUACUGAGCUGUUUUCAGUCUGUAACUUGUUAGUAGAAAGGCUGAAACUUUUUAUAUUUAUUAUUUUAUUUUAUGUUUUUUUCAAACCUGUGCGUGAAACACAAGACAGUAAACUGAAAACAAACAAAUAAAACCAAUGAGAAUAUUCAAAACAAAAAUAACAAUAAUCAAAGCCCAAAAAAAAUACUAAGAAUAAUAAUGUGAACGCAACAUGUCCGCAUGUUUACAGCAUGUUUAUAGCAUGUUUACUAUAACAAAAAUAUAACAUAAAAUAAUUCCGUGUUCAUGUUUCAAUCCAAGGUGCAGCCAAAAGGUCCAUGAAAGCAUGCAGAUACAUAAUAAUGAUGGAGAUAAAGCUUAUAAUUAGCUGCUUUACUUUGUCAUACAUGUCAGCUGAUUCAAUGUCUUUUGAUUUUUUACUGUUGGACGGACAAAACAACACAUGUCAGUACAUCAACUCUGACCAGUCCUGAAUAUGACAGCAGAAAAUGUUGUGAAAACAGAUUAAUCUCAGUUUCUACGUUUGUUUUAGAAUAAUCCAGCCACAAAGGUUUAGAAUGUUUCACUGUGGGUAGAAGGCGUCAUCAGAGUCUUGUCACACUUUGUCCAAUGAUAAAAAAACAAGAUUUGAAGUGCAGGGAUAUGAAGUGUUGUGAGGGGGAUUGGUGGCAAUGUGAUGAAGCAGGGAUCACAGAUCCUGUAAGUGUUCCCAGCAUGCUCCGCCUGUGGAAAUUAGCAGAUAAACUGCUGAGAGGAGGUGUGCGUGUGUUAGGAGGGAAGGAUUGAUCUUGACUGAAAGGGAGGAGAGGGAGGGGGAGGGGGUUGUCGGGGAUCAUGGGGUAUAGCGAUGACAAACGCGUAGACAGCGUUGCGCUCAGCACGCCGUCACUGGGGCCAACCAGAGGGGGGCUACCAGCAAAAGCCAGCUGGGGGCAUCCUGGCACACGCUCAGCGAGGCACAUUAAGGCGGCCUCACCCUGCAUGGAACCUUUUGUUCAGCAGAAUCCUGCCUGACCUGCGUCGCCCCUCCUCGCACUCACGACACCUCCCACCGCACUCAGCUCAUCAGCAAACACCUAAUGAGCCCGCGUCAAGAAAACAGACCCCCACUCAACCUGCCUGCUCCCCCGCCCCCACUCGGCUCUCAGGGGGCACGGAGACGGCACUUUACAAGGACUGAUGAUGCUGCAAAGACCACAAUAAUGAUAAUUAACUUGCUGAAUUUAGAAGAUUAUGCUGUUAAUUAGUUGCAAAAUAAAGAUAAGUAAUAUAGUAGCAGAUGGUUGAAUAACACCCAUGAGAUGGAGGGUUAUUACACUGAUGAGGUUUCCAUGGCAGAGAUGAAAUAUGAAUCUGACUGGCUUUUCCCUCUUUUCUAUGGGCCAUUCCUGGAGAAUAAUAUCUUCUUUCUGCCAGAAGAGCUUCUGGAAGGGUAUUACACGAUAAACUAAUUUGGUAGAUAGAUUGGUCUGGCAAAGGUAGCUGUUAGAAUAAUGUGCUCCACUGUUUUCUCAUGUAAAUGUAUUCCCUCUCACUUUGUUAUAGCUUCCAAAGGCUCAUUCACUUUCACCUUGUUUGCUCUGUGUUUGAUACUGGAAGAAUUGGCCCGUGAAUCAUGGACACAGAUCUGUGGAGUAAUAUUUUCAGUGAGCAGACUGUGUGCGAGUUUGUCUUUUCAAGUCCAAGUCAGUGUUUAAAGAAGCGUGUUUUUUUUUGAUAGUUUGGAGAACAUGUCUGAGUGUGGGUGUUCAUCACCUUUGGUACUUGAAUAAUAACACAACCAAGUGUCUUGCAAAAUCUGUGGGCUUGUUAGUUAAUUACAGCAGAGUUUCAGUUUUUUUUACUAAUUAAUUAAAUUUUUAUGUGACUUCAUAAAUCCUAAUUUAAAGAUUUACUGUCAUUUCUUGGCUGCUUUGGAGGAUAGGGAGUACCUCAAUAAUAGCAGGUAGAGGAUAACUAAAUAUGUAUGGUAUACAUAUACAGUAAAGGCAGCAUCCUUUCUAAUAAUGCUCUCUGCUUACUGCUCUAAACUAAGUAGCUUCAUUGAAGCAAGGUGUCCCAGUCUGUUCACUAAGUGCCAUAAACCCCAGGCUGAAUCUGUUGCUAAUAAGAACCACUUUUCUCAACUUCCUUUCACACCGUGUUUCAGGUGUUUUUUUUUAAAUAUAUGUAGGAUUUCUUGCUUUUUCUUUUAAAUGUGAUUUGAAGGGAUUAAACUAUGUUGCCCUAAAGGUUUCUGAGAGUUUAUGGCAUUGGUUUAAAAUGUUCCCUGUCACAAUUCAGUCAUUGGUUUUUAGUGUCUCAGGUUUACCGUCUCAAAAAUCUGUAUAAACAAAUAAUUUUUCCUCUCAAAGACAGUUGAAUGAGUUAGAGUUUCCCUUUAUAGACCUGGUUAUAGAAGAUUUUACUGUGCUACUGUGUUAGUAUGUUCUGUCUCACUGAGUUAGUUGUGGUUGUUUUUGGUCAAAAUAACUUGUUUGUCUCAGAAAAUUUGCCUAAGAAUAAGCAUAAGGUGAAUUUCAUAGUCAUUUUAUGUAGGACACAUGCAGCUUUGAGUAUUUUUUCUUUAUAUCUUCUUUUCUGAAGUUUUCAGGAAACUUCUCUGUGAAAGAGGUUAGGGACAGACUAGAGUCUAUUGUCUAAAAUUAGCCCUUGUUUCUUUCUUUGAACACGUCAUGAUGAUUUUCUUGACAUAUAUAUAUUUUUUUUAUUGAGAUUUUUAGAUGACAAUGACGAUGAUUUUCUUGUGUUACAUUUUUCCCCAGAAGCUAAAAGCAACAAUAAGCCAGCAGAUUCCUCAGGUAACAAACGGAGAUGGCGGUGAAGUCCAGAGCAGUGCCGUGACAGCUGCGCCUUCUUCUCCUGCUCCGCCCCCAACACCAACUCCGGCCCAGACUCCAGCCCCAAUGGUGGUCCUGUCUCCUGUUCCACCUCCUCAGCCCACUGAAGAACCUUCACCCCAUACUCUUCAGCAGCCAGCCACCUCCACCACAGAGACACCUGUAAGUAUCCACUCAUCGAAAUGACUCAGAGGAAGAAGAAACUUCCUGUUAUGGUUGGUGAUCCGAUACGAUUUUGAUAUCAGUCCAAUAUCAGCCGAAGAACAAAUAUCUGAUUAUAUUGGCCUCCAUCUAAAAUCUCUGAUAUCAGCAAACUUCCAAUACUAGCAGUCCAUUCCAGACUCCACUCCGGCACCUCUAGCUAGCAGCGCGCUGAUCCAGCAUGUGGAGUCCAUGUGAUCACAACAACAGUGUGUACUAAGCAUAGACUGUAUAUAGAAUGGACAGGGUCUGCCUCCUCGCUGGUGAAGCCACUACGAGAACAGCACCCUCUGGUGACGGUCUGCAGUAUAGGUCAUAAAUCCCGCCUCCACCAGCAAAGCUUAUGGGGCUGUGGACAAACUUUAGGAAUUUAUUACACAGAACAUAAAUUUUUCUCCCCCCUGCUUGUGAUGUUGACAUGUAGUUACAGUAAGACUGGUUUGUGCUCAAGUCCUCUUUUUUUCUGUGAAGCUCCGUUUUUAAAAGUUAUUAGGGGGUUCAUGUUUUCAAUGAUUGACACCUGUCCAAAAAAAGCCACUGCAGCAAAACUCGUCAUGCACAAGUUGGUGCCCAUAUACAAUAUCGGUAUCGGAAGUAAAAAAGUUGUAUUGAGACACCCCUACUAAUCUGUAGAUCUAGAAGACCAUCUAGAUAAUUACAUGGCUGGACUUUUUAUUUUGUUUUGUCUCAGAAAAGCAGAUAAUAUAAUCAGAAGACUUGUAGUUUAUCUGGGAACGUAUUUGUCUAGCUUGAUAUAAACCUUUGAUAUCCAUAAAACACCCUUGUAAACUGUUAAAACUUUAGUAGUAAACCUUAGUAAAACUGUGAAGUACUGAUUAAAUGGUAUUUUAUUUAUUGUCUGUGCAUUAUUUGUUGUGGUUCCUGAUUAGGUUCAAACUUUUGUCCUGUAUGUGUGAAGAGGACUGAAUUGACUUUGAUAGCCUUAAGCAAAGAUAUAGUGUGGAUUUAUUCAAUCUUUGCGAUUCAAAAAGGAGCAGCUGCUUAAUAGUAAGUCAGUAAAACAUUUUUAGUGUAAUCUAAUGUGUCAUGAGUAUCAUAAGUCACUUGGCAAAAGGAGUUAUGUUAAUACCAACAGAUGUGGCUAUUUUUUUGUUCUACUAGUUAUUCUUUUUUUAUUAUUAUCACUCUUCAGGCUUCCCCAGCCCCCCCUCCACCAAACCCUCCAAGCACAGGGGGCCGCCGGCGCAGAACCACAUGUGAAGACCCAGAUGAGAAGAGGCGCAAGUUCCUAGAGCGCAACAGAGCGGCGGCCUCCCGGUGUAGGCAGAAGAGGAAAGUGUGGGUUCAGUCUCUGGAGAAGAAGGCCGACGACCUGAGCACCAUGAACGGACAACUGCAGGUGCUCUUUCUCUCUCCUUUCGGAUAAAUGCAUGCAGAGCAGCAGCUUCACCUGUCUUUGUUAUUGUGCUCUUAUGCAUCUAUUUGUCACUAUUGUGUAUGCAUGCAGAUGUCUGUUUAUGAUAGUGUGCUGUUGGUGCAAGCAUGUGUGCACACAGACUUUUCCCUUCUGUGGUGAUGAAGUCAUUAAAGCCGAUUAAGAAGAGCUGCCGUGUGACAGCAGCGGUGUGUGAGCCCUUUACAUCGAUAUGUCCCUGUCAAUAAAGAUGUAUCCUCCAGAUGUCAGCCGCGCACAAGCGUGUCUUUGCUUCUGUCUCAGCAGUUUACUGAAUGGCCUCAAAAAUCUCCCAGGGAAAGGUGUCUUUUUGAACCUUCAUUUUGCUGCAAGCAAUUAGGAUCUGAUGCUGACAAGUUCGAAACAGUUCAUGUAUCUGCUGUCUCUGUUGAUAAGUGUGAGCCGGGGUGCGGCACAUCGGUGUUCCAGACAAUUAAAUGAGAUGUGGUGUUUAUUUGCUCACUGUCUUAUUUUUCUAUGAAAGCAGAAUAAGAUGUGGAGGGAGGAGGAGGGGAAAGACAGCAGGGGAAAAGAAAUGGGUUCAUGUUGUUAAUAUCUGGUUCAAAAACAAGUGAUCACCCCUUGUCAUGGGUGCUGUAGCUGAAAUUCUGUUUACAUUUUUGUAGAUAAAGGGGAAGUAUAGGUGAGUGGAUGGGGUGAUUUCUUGCUGUUAACUGCAAAGAAGAGAACAACAUGUGGUAGAGAAUAAAAAGGCGCUUUAUAUGAAGGCAUUAAUCAGCAGUGCUGUUUUUGUAAAAACCCCCAUGCUGACACGGCCCAGCUGAUCAGUGAAACUGCCUCUAAUGAUGCACAAUUAUUUUAACAUCAUCCUUAACUGGCUUUUUAAUGAGGUGUCAGACCAGGCAGCUCACAGGGCUCCCAGCAUCACCCAAGGCCCAUUCGCUCAUUUUCGAUUAAAUCACAAAGUUGAAAAAAAGUUUAACUCUCAAAAGUCCAGUUCAGGCUGAUUUGAAAAUCCAGGUGUGAUGCAGGUCGAUAUUACUGUUGCCUGAGAUCAGCGGGGGCGUUGCUUUUACUUGUCCUCGGGGUAAAAGGUUCUGUAAAUCAGCCAAAUGCUUUUCAGUACUACGUUACUGAGGAAAAAGCUGAAUGUGUUUCCUCAUUUGACCGAGGGAGCAACAUUUUUUUUCAUGGAUGUUGACAUCUCUGCCCUUUGUCUGAGGGAUUCUAUCGUAUGUGGUAGGAGAGGCUCUUCAGAAGGAUGGUUUGUGUUUAUAUUGGCUUAAACUGGCAGCAGUCAUGGUGGAAGCACAGUGAAUACAGCACUGGCUACAUGUGAUGCAUACGCUCCUUCCAGCUGUGUUUUAAAUCUGUCUCACAAUAGCUCAGCGCUGCCAGCAGCUGCAAGACUAAACAGAUGGAAUCAAAUAAAUUGGCUGCUUUUAGACUAAUAGAUUAAGCCGCCCGUAGUCCUUUAAAGGAGAAGAGAAGGAGCUUAAAUCUGCCAUUGGGUGUUCGGCAAGCCCCUGGCCGCUCUAAAUCCAGUUAAAGUCACCUUCAGCGUAAUGUGGCUCUCUUUUACGACAUGCAGAAAUCCCCAGCUCCCGAGGGAGCCGUAACGACACGCGAGUGUAAAUCUCGACAGCAUCUACAAAGUUGCUCUGACAAUUGGAACAGCUCACCUCUGACAAAUGUGCUGGUGGGAAGCCAGUGAAGGCCCAUAAUUAUUGUACAGGAACAACAUAAAUGAAGAAGUGCAUCAUACUUUAUUCUGGAUUCAUUCAUUAUGUUGUUAGCAUUCUCUAUGUUUGCUGUUUCACAUGGAGGAGCUGAUCAGCACUAAUGUGGCGGUCACGUGGGUUUACUGUAAGAUGGGCCUGAGAGUUUUACCCACUAAUAAAAGGUAAAAGGUGUGGAGAACACACAGUGACACAUGUGUGUUAUGACUGUGGAUAAUUUGUGCUUCAGGAUCCUGUUUUGGCUUUCAUAAAGAACUGGGACAUAUUUUAAGACACUGAACAUUCCUAAAAACAUUGAAAACUUGUAACAGUAAAUAAGAAUGAAGCUGACACGCUGAAGUUAUGAUAGCUGUAAAUUAGACACUGCCCUAGCAUGGUUUAUCCAUUAGGGAGCACUUGGACUAUUUUCAGUAUAAAUCUUAAAUACCCCGUUGUUACAUAUCGCUGUGAUGUAAAACUAAACACAGUAAUCCUGUUCAGAAGUGUUGAUGUGGGACUUUUUUAAACUCUUUAUUCACGAUGGCAGCAGCCUUUGAUGCCCUGUUGUUAAAUAAAAUCACUGUUUUAAGUUUUGGUGGCUUUUUAAACAACAAAAAUCCACUGACUUUCUUUCUGAGGUUUGAACUCCGUACUCCCGUCUGUUUCACGCUCUAACCUGACAUACCGUUGACCAUUUGUAUUUACUGCUGUUGUGUCUCCUGUCUCCCAAAGAAUGAAGUCACCCUGCUGAGAAACGAAGUGGCUCAGCUGAAGCAGCUUCUUCUGGCUCAUAAAGAUUGUCCUGUAACCGCCAUGCAGAAGAAAUCUGGCUAUCACAGUGAGUAAUGCUCCAUUAUUCUCAGCCCGAGGCGUCCAGUGAAACCCGUCUGAAACAAGCUCUGGCUAACCACCAGAAAGACAUGUCUUACUUAAGACCCAACAGAAUAAAUUGAUGUAUGAGGGCCCUUUCUUUGAAAAACUUUACAGAAGUUGUAGAAUUUAUGUCCACUGUUUGUGUGCAAACAGGCAUGGUCAGAGUGAUUUCAGGAGGCCACAGGUGGCUUCAAGACAGAAAUUGUUUUUUGAUCUGACACCUAAAUUAAUAUUUCUCUGUAGAAGAAAGAGCUACAUUUCUGAAGGAAGGGGUUUUCAGGAUCCAAAUAUUUGAGAGGACGGGGAAGCCAAAUCGGUCUUUGUGCAACACUUUCAUGUAAUAGUUGAAAUAGAGCUUUUGAUGAACUGAUCAUUAAACUGGAGAAGAUAACAGCGUUUUUGUCUAGAUUUCCUGGAGUCAUCCUUCAGUGUGAUUUCCACGCCAGCUUCCUCUCCAUCAUGUGGUCUCAUUUAGAAUUAUAUCACCAAUAUUUCUAAGUUUCCAGACACUGUAGCUCUGUCAUUUUGAUAUCAGGGUCAUAACUUAGCUUCUCUCUCAAAUGAGCCAGUAUCCCACCAGAACAAGUGUGCUCUGAGCUACUUCUCCACUAUGCUCCUAAAGUCUCCUCUGACUUGUAUUGACAAUGAUUGCCUCUGAAAUGAGUCCAUUAAAGCAGCAAGCUUGACAAGACUGCGUGGCGUUCUCUUUGUGGGGUGUCCACCAAGCUAGGCUGUUCAUUACGCAUCCCUCAUUGCUAACCGUCCCACUGACACACGUCAUGGGUGUUACAGGACGGAUGGUUUCCAGGCUGCAGCAGGCUGUCAGAGCCAGGUCUCAUUUGGUUUUGUCUGGAUUGUUUUCCAGUCAGAUCUGCAGAUGAAUUGGGUCAUCUUUCUCAUGCAUUUGAUAAGGACGUCUGUCCCGUGUUUGUAGACCUUUCUGAAGGAUGGCAUUUGGAGCUCUUUUUACCUUGUUUGGGAAAAUAUAACCUCAUCCAAAUACCUCAGUUCAUCUGUUUGGCUCAUGAUGACAGGUGGACUAGAUUUAAUACAAGCCAAGAAGGAAAGCCAACUUUGUAAAAGAGAGAGAGAAAAUAAUUGUCUGUCAGGGAGAAUAACCAAGGAGUUGCAAACUUUCUUUGUCUGACACUUCCCGUCAUUUCUCAGGUUUAUCCUGUUGAAGUGAUUUAAACUGGGAGCUCUUGAACACUAUUGCACAAUUAAUCUGCCGGUGUUAAAGUUGGUUUGGGAAAGAAUGCAUUUGUUAGACAGUAAAAAAGGUAGACAUUUCUAUCAUUAACACAUUAUUUUAAGUGUAUAUCUCAAGUCUUUUACUUUACUAUGAGCUUACUCGCUGUGUCAAGUAGAAAAACAACAGAACUUUUUAGCUAUCAGACACUACCUACAGUUUAAACUUCUGUUAUUUAGACUCUUUCUUCAUUAUGUUAGCUAAUUCUUGAUUUGACAGGCAUUUAGUCAUGACUGGAUGUCUAUGCUUAAUUCAAUAGGUGGUGCAGGGUAAUUUUUAGAUUAUCACUAAUGUAUGAAUGUAUACAAUCUAGGGCUGUAACCAAAGAAAUUCUUGGUCGACUGGAACCGUGAAAUGGUUUCUGGUCUCCAGUGGGUUGGGUGAAUCCAAAAUGGCGAAAGCAAGGGGGGUGUUCUGAGACGGGAUGCUCUUAAAACACCCCCAUUAGAACUUGGUACGUUCCUCCCAAUGAAAUUAACCAUAGACUGUGUAAAUUGACUCCGAAAAAGAUCGAGUCGACCAAUCAGUAUUUUGAUCGACUCAGCAAACAUCGACCAAUAAGUCACCAGUCAACUAGGACUUUACAGCCCUAGUUAUUUAAUCAAUAUCACAAAAAAGUGCCUGAAAUGUGAUGAAUUAAGAAAACUUAAUUCAUGCACAAACUUUUAAAGUCCAAGUAGUCUCAAUCCAUUUACAGUAGGGAUGUUAUUCUUAUGAAUUCAUCAGAAAUCCUGGGAUGAUUGACUUGAAGAGGUGACCAAUGUUAACCAUGAGAACUGUCAAAAAAUAGUUUUUCUAAAGGACUGACUAAGAGGAGGAAUCAGCAGGCAAACGUAGAGGCUCAAAUGUGGGGCCACACUUUUUAUUUUUGAGUAUCUGUGUCACUGUUUGUGUUGAACCCAGGCUGAUGUUUGCGAAGUAACAGCAGUGAGCUGUGUUUGUGUUUCUGAUGGGAACUAUAUUUUAGUGAAUUUUUUUCCCCAUUCUCAAACCAAUCCAAACACUAAUCAAGUACCCAAAAAUAAACUCUAGCCAUCGUCUUUAUAUCAACUUUAUCAAGACUUUUUGUUUGCAGCUGUAGAAAUUCAUCAGUGUUGAAAUACUGAUGAACAGAAGUAUGCAUAUUUGAUAAAUAAUAUGAGCCAGUGUAAUAUGCACAUUUCAGAUUUAUACUUUGUUAUGACCUUUGUUUCUCAUAGUGAGCCAGUGUCUUGGCUACUUGUAUAAUAUUUAUAACAAAUCCAGGUUAAACAUUGUCCUAGCAGAGGAACAUUAGAAGUGUAGCAUCAUAGCGAAUGUGCAUGCGUAAAUACUUAAAGCCACUUGCGAGCUCACAGUAAUGUUCAGGUGGUAACUGGCAGAAUAAUUACUGUAGCUGUUAUCCAGAGGUAGCACUGACUAAAGCUGGAGGGUUUUAUGAAGAAGAAGAACUUUAUUGAUCCCCAAAGGGAAAUUCAAUAAAAUGAGUUUUUUUUUUCUAUCUAAAAUAUGAGAUGAUGUUCCUGUAGCACUUCUUUCUCAAGUUUCAGCCACUUGCUUGUAGGACUUGCUUGUAGGACUUUUAAGCUGCAUCACAGCCGUUUGACAUUAUAGCUGCAUUUGAACCAUCAUCUGUGAGUGUGAUGUCAGAGGAAAAGGGCUGCCAUGAGAAAAGAUAUAAUUUUUUAAGAAUAAAAAUCUCUCUAUAUUUAGAUAAGUUGAACCACUUUGUAAUCUAAACAAGCUGGCCCUCUAUGUAAGGAGGGGAGGGGGGGCUCCUCAGCCUCGCCCUUAGGCACAAGCACAGCUGAUUGGGAUUCACUGGAAUGAUCUAUCUCACUAAUUAGUUAAGCACAGUUUUAAUUCUGACUGAAUCAUGGCCCUCACUCAUUUAAGGGCCUCAUCAAGCCCUCCAUUUUCUUAGUGUUACACAUCCCCUAAGACUGCACUGCCCUCCAGACCCGGUAAUACCCUUCAUCCUCCUGCUCAGGCGAAGCCAUGGCAGGUGGGAGGAAAUUACCCAGACAACCCCACAAACAAGCCAGGACACACUUUCACUUGGCACACCGAGCUGUCCAUCUGCUUCCAGUGAAGCCCACUUCAGAAACCAAGAGAGCGGAGAGACACUCCGGCUGCACAGGGAACCAGAAUUUUCAGAAUAUUAUGAUAUAUCAGCUCACCGCCCCAUAAUGUCGUUAGGAGUAAUAAUGCUCACUUGAACAUGGAACAAAACCACCAAGCUGAUUUAUUCUGAGGUUGACCUUCUGCAUUGUAAAACAGCGAGGGAGUUUAUGGCGCUUUGACAUUCACUUGCACUAAAUCACACGGUCAAAGUCCAUUCAUGAAGCCUCUAAUGUGCAGACAUUUGUAUUGCUCUUUAAUUGCUCCUUCUUGCCGUGGAAUUUGCACUUUCCAUCCCCAAAUAGCAAACCCAGUCAUUAAUUAUCUAGUGCCAAAACAAGUGACUUCAUAUCAUUAACAAUAUUAAUUAUCAGUUUGCUCUUUAUUCCUUUUCGAAACAGAGCAUGAGAGUAGUUUUUUUUCAUCAAGAUCCAAUUAAUUCAAUGCAACUGCCUAACAGCUGGUGGCAUUUCGACUCCAAGUCUUCCCCACUCUCCAGUGUGAGCAUCAUUAAAAUCAGGUGCUGUAAUCAUCUGUCGCUGCAGUAGUUGGCAAGGUAACAAAAAACAAAUGAGAAUGCAGUUAGGGAUGGGAAACAGUGCCACAUGCCCCAGAAUGUAAUGCACCCUUAUGAUGUGGGUUUAAAUUGACAUUGGAGCUUUAAUUAAAGGGAAGGGUGCGGAAAUGGCAUUAUGGGGAUUAAUGAAACACUUUGCAUACACCACAUGCAAUUAGCUGUUUUACAUCUGAUUUGUGUGUCACAGCUCCUCCAGCCUUAGUAGGAUUUUAUCAGGAAAACAAUAGUGUAAGAAAAACUAAACACCCCAAAUUUUUACCGACACAGUCUCAGAGAAGGACGAGAGCUGCGAGGAGAUGUCCGUCCCCGGCAGCCCCCAGAACGAGGCCAUACAGCACAGCUCUAUCAGCACCUCCAACGGGGUCAGCUCGUCUUCCUCAACUGCCACGGCUGUCUCCGCCCCAUCCGGCGCCGCCAACGCCACAUCCAACCAGAGCACAGAGGAGAACAAGCCACGGAGAGGCGCCGCCCAGACCCAGCCUUCAGGGAGCUGAUUGUCCCAAACUGUCCCCUUAAAAAAAAUCAACACUGGAGUGCUGUCAGCCCUUCACUCUUUCUAAAAACCGAGGAAAGAAAUUCUCUCUCAGCUUCACUUCUAAUCGCACUGAUUUAAUUUAUCCUUGUCUAUUUAUUUGUGCUUGGUCCAUUUUUGUCCUCCAUAGGCAAUGCUUUUUAAAAAUGCAAUAUUUUCUCCGGAAUUGAUGAAGACAAAAGAAAAGGCACUUUAGGUGUAAGAAGUGAAAUAAGUGGUUGUGCAGAUGUUUUUGUAUUUGAGUGACUUAUUUAUUAUUAUUAUUAAUCUUCUCUAUUUUUUUAUUUAAUCAGCCUGGAGGUUGAUCAGUGAAUUUUUUGCAACUUUACCAAAGUGUGUUGUGACUUAUUUUCCAUUGAUUUGCUAUGUUUCCAUGACUUUUUAAGCACUAUCUUAAUGAGGAAGUUACAUUAAGAGCAGUCACUUUUUUCUGUUCUAAUAUGCUUUUUCUAAUUUUGCACAUUUUGAGAGAUGACGGGUCUACCUUUUUAGAGUUCCAACAGUCCACAUUUGUUAAGUACUGGCAGCUUUUUAGACGUAGAUUUGAAUACCGUCACAUUACACACACACACAAAUGUAAAUGGCUGAAUUUAAAUGGGAGAUCUUUUCUGUGAGUGAGAUCAGCUGUAGUUGCAUUGUGAAGUUUGAAUGUUUGUAAAAAUAAAUAGUCUUAAUACGGAGCAGGGCUGGUUAGAAACGCGUGAUAUCUCAUUGACAUUCCAUCUGUAGUCUGAUUGUUCCUGAAGCAGUGAUUGUAGGAUUGCAGUACCUUUUCAUUACUCAAUCAUGGUGAUGUUGACUUCAUUCAGUGCCAUUAAUGUUUUUGUAACGACGACUUCUGUACAUUUUUACUGCUGAUUAGCUUGAGUUGUUCUCUCAGAUCAAGGCUCUCAUGAACAUAGUUUUCCCAGUAAGGAAAUCUCUUUGUAUACCGUCUUUGCUUUAUAAGUGACUGUUAAUCGCUUCAGUGUCUUUGCCAGAACACUCCAGGACAGUCGGCUGUUUUCAUGAUCCCAGCUCUAGAUGACAUUUUUAGGAAACAUUGUAAAUAACACGUAUGUGAUCUUUCUGAGUGUUCUGUACUUUGUUUUUUAAAGGAUAGUCUGGGCUCAGUAGCCGAGCCUGUUGAUCACAUGAACUCUGUUAGCAGUGAAAUCAGAUCUCAAACAUGAUUAUAGGUCUCUCUAUCUCUCUCUCUCUUUGCCUGAGCGACUCCAUAGAUUCUCAUGUAAAGUUUAAGAAUUCAGAUGUGAACUGGAAUCACAUCAUGUGUAUUAAAGUAACACCACAACUGCUUGUAAGAAUCGUGAGCAUUUUAUCCUUAAAUUAAAAGUAGGAAGAAAAUCACACUAUGAAGUCAAAUUUGCCUUUUCCUCUUAGUCUGUACUGGCUUACUACUGUGUAGUUUUACAAGAAGCUAACAUCUUGUUUUCUUUGAGUUUGAUUUUUACAACUUUUACUGUUCUGUGCUCUCUGCAUGACAUAAUAAUUCUCUGCGAGAAUUUAACUGUUUAUUAGAUAAUGUCUCAGUCAGAUGAAUAUCAUGAAACAAGUUGGUUCAACUUGAGUUGUGGGUCUUAAAUUAUCAAAGCUUUGGUUAUUUGUUUUACCUGGGCUAUACUGCAAAAAAAGGGGCGUGAUACUGUGUUGAAAGUGUACUUGUAACUUGUGAAAGUUCUGUAUAAAAUUUGAAUUGAUAAGUUGUUGUAAUAAACCUUUUAAUAUCUCUUUAAAA